GCGCAUGCGCGCUGCGGGCCCGCUGCAGCGGUGGGGCGGGGGUGCACCCACGGGGGUCCGUGGCAGUGUAGUGGGUGCGGGACGUUGCAAGGGUGCACCCACGGGGGGGCCCACGGCGUUGCAGGGGUGCGCCGGUGGCAUCCGUGGGGGUGUCAGAGCCGCCGGCGCACGUCCUGGCCGAGGUGCUCUUCUGCCAGCCGGACAUGCCCUCGCUGGGGCUGGCGCUGGUCUUCGACGCCGACCAGCUCUUCUGGUUCAAUUUCCCCGGCUCCUGCUGGACCCCGCGUCUGCCCGACCUCCCGCCGUGGCCCCCCGCCGUGGAGACCCCCGCCCAGCUCCUCCAGGACGCCACGUUGUGCCAGGACCUGCGCCGCAGCCUCACCAGUCUGGCAACCGGCAAGCUGGCGGAGUUGAAGGGUAUCCCAAUGCCCAACGUCUUCCCGGCGCAACCGCUGGUGUUGGGUGAACCCAACACGCUGGUGUGUAUGGUGGGGAACAUCUUCCCGCCGGCGGUGGAGAUCAGUUGGCAGCUGAACGAUGUCCCCGUCACCCAAGGGGUCACCCACACCCACUACACCCCCACGGACGACGUGGCCUUCGUCCGCUUCUCCUACCUCCUGGUGACGCCCGCCGCCGGCGACAUCUACACCUGCAUCGUCACCCGCGAAAGGGACAACGUCUCCGUCAUCGCCUACUGGGUACCCCAAAACCCCGUCCCCUCCGAGGCGCUGGAGACGGCGCUGUGCGGCGCCGCCAUGGCUCUGGGCAUCCUCCUGGCGCUGCUCGGCAUCGCCAUGAUCCUGGUGGCACGGCGGAGCGCCCACGGUUGAGCAUGGGAUGGUGCAGAGGCCGGUGCUGCUCGGUGCAGGAGUGGAGAUGGCCGGGGGGCGGGGGGGAAGCCCCCCACCCCCCCCCAGUGCUACGAUUAAACCCCUCGUUUGUGUUUGCA